UGAAAGCAACAAAUUAAACAGAAUGACAAGCUCCGGGGAAGCAUUUCCGGCAGUCGAAUUGGAGAAAGAGUUGCAUCCGGGCAGCAACAAGGAAUUCGAGGUUGAUUCCGUCUCCUCCGCCGUCGAGAAAGAAGCGGCUGCUGCAAGGAAAGAGCGGGAAAGGAAGGAUGCACUGCGUAGCUUUAAAAAGGCGAUCAUCGUUUCUGGGAUCGUCGUAGCUGUUGCCGGCGCAGUUUUCGCCGUAACCAAGAAAAUCAGAGAGAAAACUGUCGCAGGCGCAGUUUUCACCGUAACCAAGACAAUCAUACAGAAAUCAAUUUAGAUUAAUGUUUUUUUCGUAAAUCUUCUCUUUUCGUGCUUUCUCAUAUUUGCUAAUCCAUAAAUUCACCUUCAUAUCUUCUAUUGGAUACAUUCAAAUCCUCAUUUUAAAGACAAAAUUUAUUGUUUAAUUUCUGUAAUAGGAAUGUGACGUAUCAAAAUCUAACCAAUCACUCCUUCAAAUAUAAUGUCACAAAUUUAUG